UGGACACCAGCGUGACGCAGCCCGCAGUGACAGCGGGGAGAUUUGAAUGUUGGCGGUUCAGUACAGCAGCGAUGGAGCACCGAGGACUCGUUCAUCUGCUGUGUGUGUUGGGAGUCUUUCACGAAGGUCUGACAGCUCUGAUACAAACAGAGCAGGAUGUGACUACAGCCGUGGGAGACGAGGCUUGUUUAAGCUGCCAGCUGCUGAAAUCUAAAGAAAUUCUCCAGAUCACGUGGCAGAAAGUUUUACCUGAGGGGGAGGAUAAUGUCGCUACCUUCAACAAGUACUUUGGUCAAAGGGUGAAUGCUGAUUUUCAAGGAAAAGUGGAGAUUAAAAACAACGGAGUGCAGAACUGCUCCAUAGUUAUCAAGAAUGUGACGGAGGAAGAUGAAGGCUGCUAUCGCUGUGUGUUCAACACCUACCCCGACGGUGCUUUCAUUGGAAAUACCUGCCUCAGAGUCUAUAUGCGAGUGCUCUCUGCUGCUCAGAAACAGGAGGUCAGGAUCAUUCCUGCUGAAGUCAAACAGUCUGCUGAAGGUUCCUCCUCGAUUACUAUUAUUAUCAUAGUGUUCUCUGUAGUGGCCGUUGGUUGUGUUGCAGUAAUCAUCACAGUCCUGCUGAUACGAAAACCCUGGAACAGUUUGUCCCUCAGAGACCCAGAGGGGAGGAAGACCCCAAAAAAACCAAACAAAAACACUGAAGAAAGGAACCAAACACCUUUAAUGCAGAAAGUGAACGAGCUGAUAAGAAGGAUGACUCCUGGAAAAAAGAAAGAAAGCGACUCUCCAAAAGUCUCGUCCUCACCAACAGGAGCGAACACACAACCGUCUGAGAUGAAAACACCUUCAGCGCAGCACGAGAUCGAGCAGGUAAGACUACGGAUGUCUACUGGAAGAAAGGAAGAAAAGGCCUCCUCAAAAGUCUCGACCUCAAAAAAAGGAAUUAAUCGACAACUGUUUUAACAAUAGUCAAUGAUUCAGUGACAGAAUAACUUGCAAGACAUUGUGACGUGGUGAAAUAACUGACACUGACCAACCUGUUUAAGAUCCAUCUUACAGUACAACAGAGAUAACAUGUCUGUUCCAGCUCAUGAAGAACAAGAUCAUACUUAUUUUUACAUGUUGUGUGUUUUUUUUUUAUAUGUACAUGAAUUGUAAGCUCUUUUUUUAAUGUGAUUUGUUUCCACCCUGAUCUUUGGGCUGUAAAUCACUCCUCUGUUUAUUGUGACAUUAGACACAAGUAUUUUGUAACAUGUAAUAUCUUACUCAACUUCACUGCUGCAUCAGGAUGAAGCAUUUGCAUCAAGUGCUUAAAUGUACUUGUGAUUUUUUUUUUUCUGUCGAGAAAUGAGAAAUGAAUGUAAAUAAUGAUCAAACUAUUAAUAACUUGUGAAUAACUCGUCUGGAAAAUCAAUGUUUAUGUUGUUGUUUUAUCUCUAAUGAGAUAAAUUAUGGCUUAAGAUUCCAAUUGUGGGCACAUCAAAUGUGCUUAUCAUUAGAUUAGAAAUGGAAAAUUUACCAAAAUGUUUUGUGAACCAAAGAUUGACUGACAAUCUUAAAACUCAGGAUUUUAUAUGUGUGGGGAAAAAGCUUUAUGUUUUCUGAGUGGAAGGUAACUACUUUUUAUAUUUGUAUUUCUUACAUUGCAUUUAAUAAAAUGUCUUUUUGAAGA